CUGUGGACGGACAGAUUCUGAGACAACCACGGAGAGACAGCAAAGUCAGAGGGAGCAGAAUAUCUCAACAGACUGGGAGCAGGGGACCAAUGUUGGCUGCUGCCUGUUUCUUCCACUUAAUCCUUAAAUCUUCUGUAAUCAGGAUGAGAGAGAGAGCACGUUGCCUGACUUAGGACGGAAGAGUCUAUGUUGGGACCUGGCAGAUGAGGCAAACUAAGUGGCCAGAAGGCGAAAUGGAGGGAGGGGAAAAGGCUAGAGCUGGAGUCAAUUUAGAGAACUUAAACUUAACCAGCGUUUAUUUCAAACAAACAAGAAGAGUAGAAUCCAACAUGAGAAUUUAACUACCAAGAGCAAAGCCAGAGGAAAAAAAGAAGAGGACUAACCAAUGGCGGGAUUUUCUAGGAUAUGGGUGCUGUGCAGCUGUUCUGACACCCACGUGUGACCCCAGACUGAAACAGUUCUGAUGGCUACUGCAAGCGACGAUCCACACCUGGGCGCUGGUCCGUCGGAGGACUCUGAGAUCCUUCUGGAUAACUCUGACUCUGAGAGUAUACUCUCCGAUGACUCAGUACUUCCUGAUUAUGAAGGAGAGGCAAAAUAUAAAGAUCCGGCUAAAACGCUAUAUGAUGCCUGCGUAAGGAAUGAAGCUCAUUCCAUGCGCAACAUCCUUGAAAGAGGAGUCACAAAGGAAGAGGUCAUGGAGCUGGACCUUAAUGGCAGGACUGGGUUGAUGGUGGCUGUGACCAAGGGUUUCAUCGACAUUGUCACUAUGCUGUAUAAAUGUCCUUUCAUAGAUAUCAACCACCAAGACUAUGAUGGCAACACCGCUGUCAUGAUAGCUGCCCAGGCUGGCUUCAUCACCAUCCUUAACUUCAUCCUUAACUACUACUCUGACGUGGACACUGAAAUCAGGGACCCUCGGGGCUUCACGGCCCUCAUCAAGGCAGGCCUGCAGGGCCGAGAGGACUGUGUCUCCGCCCUGCUAAUGCAUGGUGCAGAUAUGAAUGCAAUCGACCUGGUUCAAGGACGGGGUCUUAAGGAGUGGAUACUGAAGACGGGAAGGUAUGAGACAUUAAACAGAAUACGUCGCCUGCAAGCUCAUCCUGUUGCUCAGCAGUUCUGUGAAAGCUACAAGCCUGAGUGGCCGGAGCUGAAGCAGCUGGUAGAGAAGGCCACCGCCCCCAAAACAGCCAGCCAGAAGUUGAGGCAGCGCCUUAAAGACAGCCUUAGUUUUAGCUUUCCACACGACCCCCAAGACAAUGGGGUUAUGGACCAUAUGGUUCGCAUCACUACAAGCAUCCACAGCCCCUUGAUAGUUACUGGUUCCCACCCCCUCUGUCCCACCAGUCCCCCAGAGAUCGGCAAGAGACGCUUUGCUGUACCAGAACUGCUUGAAAAGCACAGCAGCAAGGAGCUGGAGGAGAGCUCUGUGUCCCACAGUAACGGCUCCAUUGUCUCAGCUUCUCCCACGGCUUUGUCAACCGCCUCUGUAUCUCUGACCUCAUGCUGCCAGGACCCGGGGCGCAGGGAAAGCAUGCCAUCGGGGGGCGUGAGAGGCUUCAUCCCCCGCAGCAUGGCACAGAGGAACAGCAUCUUCCCCUCAGGAUGCGUCCCUAAGAUUGAAGUGACAAAAUCUGCGGAGGCCACACCAAAGAAAGAGAAAAAGAAGAAACGGCAUAAGGGCUACUUGGAACCUCCUGUUUGGAAGUACAAGGAGGCCAGGGAGGAGAAAAAAAGAGAAAAGAAAAAGCAAGAAUUGGAAAAAGAGCAGGAAAAAAAGGCUAAAGGGUCCAAAAAGUCCUCGAGCAAAAAUUGAGUCAGGUUGUUCUUUCCCACAGAAAAUGUCACUGUGAUCAUUUUAUGCAUAAAGAAUCAAUAUGACGGUGAUUCUAAAGUAACAGUUGCAAUGGGAUACAAAGGAAUUGGAAGAAGCCAUUUGAAAGUGACCAAUUGACAAAAAAUGCUAAUGGAGCCAAACUUUGGCUUUGGGAUAAGCAUUAAAUAACUGGGAUGUCUCUCAUUAGCUAUUUAUGAUGUGUUUUUAGCAUCUUAGGGUGAAAACUACCUUAACCAAAUAUUAUUGGGAUUUAAAGAUAUACCCUUGUGUGUUAUGUUGCUUCUUCUGUUUCAAACCUGGUGGAUUGGAAGGAGCUAUGCAGUUGGAUUGUGCUUCUUUCAGACACCUACAAAGACGUUCUGUGCACCAGUACUUUUCUGACAAUUUAUCAACCUGAGUUUUGUGAAAAACUCAAAGUAGCGUGCCAUCAUGGUAUUUAAGAACAAGAUAACCAAAUAGUGAAUAGCCUAUACAGUAUGUGAUACUGUAUGUGAUCAAAUGCCUUCAUAUAAUUCAUUCAUGUCACAGUUGAUGUGAAAAUGUUUUGUUAAAGGGACAAAAACAAGCAACACGUGUUUAAGCUACGUUUUGUUGACUAGACCUUAUUUUAUGUUUUGACUGCGCCGUCACUUCAUCUUCAAAGAAAUGUUUCAUUGUUAGUUGUAUAUGUGGCCCAGUACUCCCGCUGUACUACGGACGAAUCUUUUCUGUCAUCAUUUUAAGUUUCGUGAAGCACUUUUCUUUCUAAAUGUCAUAUUUCCCUCAUUGCAACAUGCAGCAUCCAUCACACACCUUUCUGUGCUCUCAAAUUAAUUAAGCCACAGUAACAAUGUUUGCAAGAUAUUUCUAAAAACACUACUCACUGGUAGACAGGUCCCCUAGUCUGUCACAACUUUAUGUGUUUUGUUUGAUGCGCAUUUACUUGGAAACCAGAACUGUUGUUUUCUCCAUAAUGUUAUCUCCAUAGAAACCAAAAGAAAACCUCACAUCUGGAGUUUCCUACUUAAUGUUACUUAAUGUUAGGGAAUUACAAUGAUGGGCUUUUAAUAUCAGGGUUAUAUAAAUGUAAUAUCUGUCAGGCAUGAAAUCUAUUGGAAACUCCCUAGCUUGCACUGGGACAUUUUAAAUAUUCUAUUUAUAGAUCUGUUUAAAGACAGCACUGACAUUUGCAAUGUGCAUUUAACUGUAAUACAGUUUCCAGUUGUAUACAUAUAUAUAUAUAUGUGUAUAUAUGUCAUUUCAAGGAGGAAGCGAAAAACUUGGAAGCCUCAAGUCUUCUGCAUCUUUAUCAGGUGUGAGACAAGUGAAAAUAAGUGUUUUUAUGCAAGUCUGGAAUAAAUGUAUUGUCACUUGAAAGAAUGAGUUUGUGUUUAACGUCUUAGCUGAAUAUAUCUGACAAUAAACAAAACCUUUU